CUCCUAUUUUCCUUUCUAUCAACAACCGUUUCAUAUUGCGCUCUACUAUCCAACACAUCUGGCAUUACAUAUUCCAACCAGUAUUGCGCCCAUCAUCCGUUAUUGCUUUGCGUCUUAUGCUCAACUGAGUCCCCCGCUCCAACGCUGACCGCCCCAUCUUCAAGACAACCAUUAACCCGGUCAAGGCGACUCUGACUCCGUGGACAUGUCGACAGUCGCAAAGAAACCACCAUCAACUGGUGCUGCUAGGCCAGCUGGAGUUGAUGCAUCGCCUUCACGCACCGCCCGAACACCAGCAUCCUCUGCUGCCUCAACAACACCAAACGGUCAUACUCGCACUCGAUCCGUACGAUCUGGUACGCCAGUCUCUGCCCGCGCUGCUGCUGCGAGACGAGAUGGCGCCGGCUUAGGCAAUGCGGACGCUGAUGCCAGAGCUGAGGCUACCGCUGCCGUGGAAGAUUUACAGCAGAGGCUUGAAAAGGAGGAGAGACAAUCCGAACAACUACAAAAACAAAUCGACGUUUUGCAGUCCAAGUUUGACGAUGCCGUAAAGGAGUCAGCCAAACUGGAAGAGAAGGUACAUGAAUUCGAGGAACAGGUAGAGGCUCUAAACAACGAGAAACGCGAAUCCUCACGUCAGAUACGAGAAAUGGAAACCAUCUAUGAAGCCGAGAGAGGCUCCAUCCUAAAGGAGAAGGAGGAGAUGGCAAAUAGGGAAGAAGAGAUGCAGGCCAUCAUCCAACGCCUCAAAGACAGUCUUGCGCAGCGCAGCGCUGAGGAUGGUGAUCGCCCCUCACGGCAGCUGAGCGCUUCACCCGCCUUGGACGGAAACUUUGCACCUCCUUCAUCCCUCAACAGAAGCGAUUCUCGCAGCAGCUCCAAGUUGAUAUUGCAAAAAGACAAACUUAUCGAAUCCCUUCGCUUAGAGCUUGCUGAGGCUCAGAUCAAGCUGGUGGAAUCGGAAAACCAAGGCGGAGGCCGUCUCCAGGAAGUCGAGCGCCUGCUCAUGGAAACCCGCAUGGCCAACGCCAGGCUACUGGAGGACAACGAGAGCUACCAGCUGCUUCUCAAAGAAAGGACUCUUAAGGGUGACCUUGGCCAGAAUGACUUCAGCUAUAUGAGCACGAGUGUCAACCAGGACGCCCUGAAUGCGCUCGAAGGCAAGGGCCCAUCAUCCUCGCUGGCAGAUGAACUGUCCGACGCCGAUGCCGUCGAGACAGCGCGUGAUGGCGAUAGACAGGUCGAAAUGGAACUUCAGUCCAUGAAGGAGCAAAACAAGGCGCUUACAUUGUAUAUUAACAAGAUCAUCGGACGCUUGCUGCAGCACCAGGACUUUGAGUCUAUCCUUCACGAAACCGGCGACUCAAAGCCUACUACUCCCGCAGACCCAAACAAGGAAAUGGCCAUUCCCGCUAUUAACGGCCUCCUUCAAAAGGCAAAGGCCAUGACUGCCAACACAGCAGCUGGAGCCACCUCCUCGCCCACAAAGCGCGCACGCCCCAUGUCCAUCAUCCAGACCCCGUCUAGCAACUCGGCGCACACGGACCCAGAGCGUGCUCCCAGCAUUCCGAUUGGCAACUUCAACCGCACUAACAGUGUGAGAAGAUCCAGACCACAAAGUGAACAGAUUGUUGGUGGCUCAAGUCUUGUGAGCCAGAUGUAUAGAGGCUCAGACGUCCCUGCUUCGCCUACUAUUGGUAGCCAGCGCCACUCGCAGGGUUUCUUUGCUCCCAGCAGCGUUUCUGGCGGCACUCAGUCGCGCGUACCCAGCUCCGGCAGCGCUGCGCCAUCUUCAUCGGGUAACUUCCCUGGAGUACGCAGCGAAACUUCUAGCAUUAGCGGUGACUCUGGUGAAAUCACAACACCACCCUCACAAUCGCCGCCUCGUUCCCAGAGCGAUAAGCACAAGACCUUUGCGGGCGGUAAGCCUCGCCCUCUUAGACUUGUGCAAGAAAACCCAGAUGCUGUCAAGGACAACAAGCGUGCGAGCUGGUAUACCGGCUGGACCUCCAACUGGGCGGCCAAGAAGGAUGACGCUGCACCCCCAAGCAGCAACCCUAUUCCCGAGUGAAGUGGAAAUUGAGGGAGGGCAUCCUGGCUUCGGAGUUGACUACUCGGCAUUCAACCGUACGACGGAAACUUAUGUGUAGCACCAGGUGCUUCUCUCCUGAAAAUAUGAUUUCUCGAGGUCAGCCUCAUCUACACUGGGUUUGGCACUAUUGAAUGUCCUUAAGAUCCGGAAUAGCGAGAGUAGAUCCCCUGGCACAAUCGAUGGCGGAUCUUUUUUGUCGAGUCUUUCAUCUGUAGCCAGCGGUUCGAUACACACUUUUGGACAUUAUAUGUUUGGCGCAAGGUUGGCGGACUGUGCAAUCCAUUGUGUUUUACAGAAUUGCGUAUUCAUUGGACGGGAGUUUACUGUUUUGGAGUAUUGUCACUUAUUUACGAUAUGAUAAUGGGAAACGAGACGAAGGAAUACAUGGGCUAGUCGGGCAUUUUGCUAAUGGUGUCGCCGUUGCUGUCAGAGGCGACGACGUGGCACAAUACGUGUAAAGGAAUGAUACAAUCAAUGGACAUAGAAAUCGAGUACAUUUUUCCCCGCCGGCGUCUUACAUUCCAGCGUAUUUUGUUAUAAUAAUGGCAUCUCAUAGAACGUCGUCUUCUCAAGAAGCCCCAGAGUGUUGGGCUUAGCAUAAUUGAAUAGCCGUGGUUCAUCAGUACAAGUACAAACAUAAUAUGGCGCUGUUUAUUUUGUCCAAAUUCUGCUUAACGAAGAUAUUCAUUUAGAAGUUUAAAAUUUACAUAUUCUUUAUCAUUUAUCUCGUCAAGGUGGUUGGGAUUCAUGCAGAUUUCUCAUAUAGGGUAAGAGCGAGGACUAAAGUUGAAAUGCUGUUGUAAAGAAGAAGUCACGGUCUAUACCAAAAUAGGCAGAGGUAGAUGAAAUCUUUCUACAAAAAUUCUACGAAUAGAAGUACUUUCUAAAACCUAGACGCGCGGCUACUUGCCUUUUUUUUUUGCUGCUACCAUCUGUAACGUCGUCGCUGUUGUUCUCUGGAAUAGUGUAUGUGGACCUUCAAAAUGUCCAGUACAAACACGCCCAAGGUACCACCGACGACAUGCCAUUGCCCCUGGCAUGGCGGGUUGGUUUUACGAAGCGAAUAAGAUAAGCUUGGCAUAGCUACAGUGGGAAGGGCGGGAAGCGACUGCAGCAUGCCAUGCCGGAUACAGUGUAUACGCUGGAUGCCCAACGUGAAAAGGUGUUGCAGACCUCUGGACGCAGGCGAGAUCAGGAACAAGAAUACAGUAAUCGGUACUAAGCGAGCAUGAGAGUCUGCAUGGGAGUAAAACCACCUGUCAGAGUCUCACGUCUCGGAGGGUUCUAUCCGCGACAUCGGCGAAGCACAAAUCUCACCCGUAACAGCAGCAGCAGCAGCAACAUAAUUUUGAUAGACAAGCCGAGACAGGGGCGACCUAGUCCUUGGUCGCAGCAACAUCGAAUGUUGUGUUGGCAUCAGUGGACGCGUCAGGCUGGUAAAUGUGCCACAGCCACUUGCCACAACAGUCGCAACCCAAGGUUCCAGGCGGUGGGAAGGAAGACGGAGACUAGAAACGCUGCUUUGCAGCUGUUCCACAAGACAAGGCCAGUGGCCGUCGUGUCGCUCUGUGAGAGGCCAAAGUGUGGCGGGUUCGUUGUCCAAGCCUGCGCAGGCUGUGGCGCUCUCGCAUUUGCAUUUGCGUGCGCCUUUUCGAUGCCGGCUCUUUCACGUGGCCCGACCCCAAUCCUGCUGCUCUGCCGAAGGAAUACUGCAGCUACUGUAGCAGCAGUAGGCAUCCCGUCCGCCAGGAGAGCCUGCUGCUGUUUUGGGAAUUUGUGCCUUCUCGGCGGCGCGGCGGAACUUUGCAAGGUGCCGAUCUCGAUGAUGGUGAUGAUGCAUCCGCUUUCCCGUCGCGCUCGAUGGUGCCCAACGUUGCAUCUAUGAUAGUCCAAGCCACACAUAUGAUGCGAAGAUUGGAGAAGAGCAAUUUGAAGACUCAUUAGGAGCUAAACAUCAACUUGGUACGGGACAGGCACCGUGUACCUCGGGGUUCAUUUCAUUGAGAUGGGCUACUACCGGAAGGGCUUCCGCGCGUCGGCCCAAGGCUUUAGUAGUGGUAGCAAUUGGCCAGACGAGGCCCGGAUCAGCCCUUCUGCGACGUCACUCGGGUUCAUAGCGAAGGCCUGGUAGCAUGCGAGCCUAACUUGGUCUGGAACUGAAACGUCGGUCAGGACGUAGAGACUGGUUGCUCGACUAUUUCGCAAUUUAACGCCGAUACAUCGGGCAACGUUGCCGUUGCAGCAAAAGGCUAUUAUGCUGAGGGCUAUGUCGGCCAACUAGAGCAUACAGUACCGACGUGGACGGUGCGUGUUGCGGUUUUGUCACUCGACUUAAGUUGGCCUUGUUUUUAAAGCUCAUAGGCGUCAUAGACACAGUCGAUUACACGUCUGCCCAUUUAGCUACCAGAGAGUUGUACUAACUUACUGCAAAGAAGCAAAUGCGGGCGUGACCGUAUUCGUGCUAGAGCCCUUCCCGUCGACUUCCAAAACCGGGGUAAACGGCUCGCACUAAUGCCUGUGUGCCACCACCACCCCAGGCGGUAAGGCUUGACAUUUGGGACUCUUCUUCGCAGUGGGCUGGGCGUUUCUCCCUCGCGUGUGGCGGUGGUGGUGAGCGACUGCCAACGCAAGUUGUGGCGAUGGAUCUACUCUGUAUGCCGUAGCUGAUAUAUCUGCCACAUAAACGGCUGCUGAGCCAUGAUUUUUCUUCUGUCGCGGCGGCCCGAAGCAGCAGAAGAAAGCAAAGAAUGCAAUGUGUUGGGUUGUCAAAGGGCGAUGUGGAGCUAGCGUUGGUAAGACUGGGCUAAACAAUGUAAGACUGGCCUUUGCCGGAUGCUGGAGGGG